GAUUCUUUAGGGUACCGUUUGAGUGUGACAAUAUGGAGGCAAACGUGCGCUGCCUCUGAGAGCAUGAGGACAGCGGGAGUGAAGAGUUAGGAUUAAAAGUAGUAGGUGAAAACGGUGAGAGGAACGAAUACUAUUAAAUUUAAUUAACUUUAAUGCAAAAUAUUGCUGCAUUGCUUUGUAUCGUUAAAGCACUUCCUGUUUGGGUUUUCGCAGUGUCCAGGGGGCUAGCUAGUUAGCUAAUGUCAAAGUGUUCACACCUCCUGUAACAUUCUGGAUUAAUUCUGGAUGAUCGGAGCAACUUCUGAAAAGUGAAACCGUGAAUUAGAAUUGAAUCUGUAAUUGUAUGCAGGACACGGGGCUGUUUAUGCAUUCAUACGUGUGAUAUACAUGUUUGACAUUGCAUGCUAGCUUUCCAUAAUCCUAUCUGGGAAUCUGGCCAAUCUGGGGAAAUCCUCAAAGCAUUGUGAUCCCUGCAACUCUUUAAAGAAAGACACACGCUUGCACCAGAUAUGUUCAAGUCCGUCCAGUGUGUUCCUCUGUGCAGCAUCAGUGCUCGUGCUGCUCGUCUGCAUGGCACACCUGCUCUCAGACACAGCAGUGGAGCAGCACCACAUGGCAGGUCUGAGGCUCCUGCAUGGUUCCAGUCUUUCUUCACAUGGCUCAAGAGAGCAGAAAGAGGCUUUGCUGAGACCGUUCCUGCGAAGAGGAAGCGAGAAGGGCUGCUGUCCAUCCUGGCUGACCACUGCGGCUUUGUGACCGGGCAGAGGCUGAGGCGAGCUUUGCAGAUCGCAGAGCUCUACUCGAACCUGUACUCUGAGAGGAGCAGGUGGACGCUGGUGGGCAGCAUUUGGCGCCAGCUGCAGAACAAACAAGCCCCGACUGGCAAACUGCUGGCCGCCCUUGCUGGGCUUUUCCUCUUGGAGGAUGAGAAGAUCAAAGACGAUGAGAUGAGGAGGUGUGCAUGGGAGCUCCAGGCUCUGGAAGCUGUAAAGCAGCAGGCCUCUUCAGGAAAGGCGAGUGUUCAGGCUGAGAGUGGCUGGGAAAUCGUAAUGGAGAAAAAGACCUUUAAAGUGUGGAAGAGACCAGUUGAAGGAAGUCAUCUUUUUGAGUACAGAGUAUUCGGUUCCUACACUGAUGUCACUCCCAGACAGUUUUUCAACGUUCAGUUGGACACUGAAUACAGAAAGAAGUGGGAUGCACUGGUGAUCAAACUGGAAGUGGUGGACCGGGACCUGAACACAGGCUCAGAGGUUGUUCACUGGGCCACACAUUUCCCUUAUCCGAUGUACUCCCGAGACUACGUGUAUGUGCGCCGCUACGAAGUGGAUGUAGAGAACAACCUGAUGGUCCUGGUGUCCAGAGCUGUGGAGCAUCCUGCCAUUCCUGAGACACAGGAGUUUGUCCGAGUUCACUCCUAUCGCUCAAGGAUGGUCAUCCGGCCCCACAAGUCCUUCGAUGAGAAUGGAUUUGACUAUCUGUUGACGUACAGUGACGACCCUCAGACAGUUUUCCCUCGUUACUGCCUGAGCUGGAUGGUGUCGAGUGGCAUGCCUGAUUUCCUGGAGAAGCUGCACACGGCUGCUCUCCGAGCAAAGAACCACGAAGUUGGCGUUCACGACUAUGUCGGCGUUACGAAGCAGGUGCAGCAGGCGUCUUCUGAGAGGCUGGAGGAAGAUUCGCAUGCAGCAGGAUCAUCCCAUAUUUACGCCUGAACGGGAAAAAAAACUCUGGCAGAUGGUAUAGAGGCAGGAAUUUAAAAAAUAAACCUAAGAGAUCUCGGGGUUCGAUUCACAAUGAGGCCGUGACAAGCGGCAAGGUUGGGGAGGGGGGGAGGGAGCGAAAGAAAGAGAGAGAGAGAGAGAGAGAGAGAGAGAGAGAAAUAAAAAGAGGGCUUUGCCUCACCUUGCCUCGCCUCUUAGUGUGAACCUGCAGACAGCAAAUGAGAAUCAGAACCACACUGCUGCUACUGCUGCUGCCAAAACUGUGUGUGUGUGUGUGUGUGUUUCUCACUGUGAGAUCAGGAACCUGGUAAAGAUGUUUUUUUUUUUUUCUUUUUUUGCUUGUAUACCCCCUCAACUGUGUGUUUGUUGCUCCUGAGUAUUUUUACUUCCCCCAAACUACUUAUCAGGAAAAGAAAGGAUAAAUACGAAUAAAUAAAAUGCCGUAGUGGAACAGCGAUCUUGCCAAGCUAGCAGCCGUCCGAAUUCACGUUCUCAAUUUGCCUUCCUUUCACCCAGACUUUAGUGGUGACAUGAUUGCGAUCAUGUCCGUGUUCGAAAAAUAUACACAUUUCUUUUACACAAUAUGCAGUGACCUUACAGUGUUUUACAGCUAUGACGUUUCCAUUGUGUAAAGAACGUACAAAUAUGUCAGUCAACACAGUCAACAAAGUGUUCGAUUGAGUGCAGAAGUUUGUAUACUUUUAGGGCAGGUUCAUUUAUUUACAAUACAGACUUGUUUCCUGUAACAAAAAAAAAUCUACCUAAAUAUAAAUGUUUGUCUUGCGGUGUAUUUAAAUAUAUAUUCUCUAACCUCUAAACCAGUCCUAACUGUGCCACAUAGCAAACACUGCCUUCUUCAGAUCACACCAUUUUCGAACAUUGUUCUUCAGGAUAAAAUUUUCCUUUGUUUCCUUUUUCUUUCCUUGAAUUCAAUGUUUUUUAAUUGUUGAGAUGCAAACUUCUGCACACACUGGUCAUCGAAAAAUGUCAGGCGUAUUUUCCGCUACCUGCGAAACAUCCUGAAUGUAAAUCCUUUCUGCCUGGAGAAGAGGCUUGGGUUCGAAAAACUCUGCAAUACACACGUCUUACAUUUCUCGCUUUUCAUUUCACAACAUAGGCGUUAACAGGCACCCAUAAACACACAAACACACUCGCACACAAAGCAACUCUUUUUGAGGAAGUUGAAGACGUGUCCUAGCGACCGCAGCGUCCAUUCUAGCACAUUACACUUCCUGUGUGCUAGAAUGUUAUUGUGUCUGGUUAUUUUCGAUGAGGUUGUUAUCGGUGUCUGGGCUUAUCACUGCUAAACACGAGAAGCUUUCAGUUGAUUGGCUGUAGGACGAGGUAUCAGCCUCUGGGAGUGUUUACUUCUAAGUAGUCAAGUACAAGCACUAAUGCUACGAAUGCUUAAUUUCAGAUUGCUGAGAUCAUUGUAUAUGGACAUGCAUUAUUACAACCAGGCAUUUAUGAUUGUACAGCUUCAUCUCUACAGUUUCUGAUGUAAAUAAACACCAUAAUAAGGA